UCAGCAAACACAGACAAGAGGCGCAGAAAUGUUCAGAAAAGCCCUCUUCUGCACCACUAAGACGCCAUAAACCAGCAAAUAAUGAAGCUACCUGAAGACCUGAACACCUCCUUGGAGCUUUUCCUCCUAUCCUGCUUGAAAGAAAACGCACUCCGGGGGAAAGAAAGAAUCUCUGAGACAAAAAGAAAUGCGUUCAAGGAAAAACAAAAAAAAGUCACACAUGCGUCGAAGCCCUUAUCCAGAUCUUCUGGGGAGGAACAGGAGUCUUUUUCAAAAUGAAACAACGCCGACUGAUUUUAAGGCAGACUGUGCGCCCGUUUUCAUCUACAUGUACAGUUCAUGCAGGGAAGAAAUGGAGACUGGAGAACGGCUUGGCCUGGACUGGAUCAGAGUACGGUCCGUUAACAGAUCUUCCUGACUGGUCAUAUGCAGAUGGCAGACCUGCACCUCCACUGAAAGGACAAGUCAGGAGGCAGAAGCAGAGGGAGGACUUUGCAAGGAGAGCAGUGAACCUGAGUGCAGAGGUGGACCAGGGGAUCAAGACAUGGAGGGCAGAAAAGGAGAUGCAGGAGAGAGCAAGGGAGCAGCUAAAAUCAUCUAUGCUUAAACCUAAAGGAAAAAUGUUAUUAAAGAACAAAAAGGAAUAAACAGUGAAAAAUGGAAAAA